CCAUUCGAUUGGUCAAUCCCUUGUACAAAAACUUUACUAAAUGGCUACGAAGCUUUGGAAAUAUUAUCCUAAAAGGUUGGUACAAACUUCCGCCAAAAAAGAAGAUGUGGGACUGUUACCAACCGUACAUAACUUUGUUGGGGGAAAAUUUGUAACAAGUAAUGGUCCCAUCAUUCACACAGUAACCAAUCCUGCUACUGGAGAAACUCUACAAAAGGUUCCAGGAACAACCAGGCAGGAGGUGGACCAAGUCAUGCAGAUAGCACAGGAGGCGUUUGGAAGCUGGUCAACUACGCCUAUUGGAAGACGCUUGAAUUAUAUCUUUCAAUUGCGUGAGGCAGAGAUUGACGUUCGUUUCCAGGGAAUUAAGAAGAGAUCCAAAGAUAUAGCCCAAGUGAUAACCCGAGAGUUGGGAAAGACUCCUGCUGAUGCUCAAGGUGAUGUUGCCCGUGGAUUGGAAAUUGUGGAGUAUUCUUGUGGAGCUGCAGGCAAAUUGGAAGGAAUGUUUCAAAAGAAUGUUGCAACCAAUGUGGAUAUGAUGCAGAUGAGAGAACCUUUAGGUGUCUGUUUGGGAGUUUGUCCUUUCAAUUUUCCUGCUAUGAUUCCAUUAUGGAUGCUUCCCAUGUCCACUGUAGUUGGCAAUACAAUUGUCUUGAAGCCUUCAGAGUUGGUACCAGGGGCAGUAGAACUGAUUGCUCAAGUUGUAGAUGAAGCACAGUUUCCACCUGGUGUAUUUAAUGUGGUUCAAGGAGGGAAAGAGACAGUCGAUUGUCUGUUGGAACAUCCUGGUUUGAAGGCAGUAAGCUUUGUUGGAAGCACACCGGUGGGUCGUCAUAUUUAUAGAAAGGCUAGUGAAAGGGGAAUCCGAGCACAAUGUAACAUGGGAGCUAAGAAUCAUGCCGUCAUUAUGCCUGACGCUGCCAAAGACACUGCAUUGAAUGCUCUCAUAGGAGCUGCAUUUGGAGCAAGUGGUCAAAGAUGUAUGGCAAUAUCCGUGGGUGUAUUUGUUGGAGAGGCUGGAAAUUGGAUUUCAGAACUCGUAAAGAGAACGCAGUCCUUAGUAUUAGGUACUGCAGAAGGAAGUGACUUGGGUCCACUCGUUACUGAAAAGGCAAAGCAAAGAGUUGAAAAGUUGAUACAAUCAGCAGAAUCACAAGGUGCAAAAAUCGAAUAUAGAGCUUCUGUUCCCUCUUCUAAAGGUAACUGGGUGGGUCCUACUAUCAUUUCUCAAGUAAAGCCACAUAUGGAUGUCUAUCAACAAGAAAUAUUUGGACCCGUUCUUUCGUGCAUACAUGUGGAGACUUUGGAUGAUGCUAUUCAACUCAUCAACAACAAUCCAUAUGGAAAUGGCACAAGUAUAUUCACUCAGUCGGGUGUAGUUGCAAGAAUGUUUCAGAGCAAUAUUCAAGUAGGACAAAUUGGAAUUAAUUUGCCCAUUCCAGUCCCUGCUCCACCCUUUGGGUUCACAGGAUCCAAAGAUUCUAUGUGGGGAGAUUUACCAUUCUAUGGCUCCACAGGGUUCGAGUUUUAUACUCGUCCAAAAACAGUCAUCACUCGAUGGGAUGAAAAAGUACAGAGUGCUAUUCACACUUCGAUGCCUUUGCAUCGUUAGGUAAAAGAAUCUAAAAUAUUUGUUCCUAUGCUAC